AUGCGGGCUGAACCCAAACAAUUCUUGCGCCGCUAUCUUUUUUUAGAUUACCCCGCCUACGUCAAGGUCGGCCAGACCGAGCAGCUUUUCCAAACGCCCGGGUACCCGGAGGCGUACCCGCCCGAUGUGGAUUGCUCACUGUUUUUGAAGGCCGCAGACCCAAAUUAUAGAAUCCACGUAGCCAUCCAGGACAGCGAAUUCGAGGAGCGCCUGUUUACAGAAUGCUCCGAUUACAUAUCGAUUAGGGAUGGCAGCAUCCAAUCCUCAAACGAGUUAGCUCGGUUUUGCGGCCGGGAGAGCCCGUUGAACGUCGUCAGCCCCGAGGACUCGUUGCUGAUCAUCUUCCACUCUGACCAUUCCAUCCAGAGGAGGGGCAUCAAUCUGUCAUUUGUAGAAUUUCGGAUGCCCGGCUGCCCUCCCGGCUGGAAGCAGCCCACCCUAAAGGAUAGUAGCAUAGAGAUGCAGUGCUAUAAAAUUAUCGACCUUUCAAAAACGGAAAGAGGAAACCCGACCUGGCUAGAAGGACAGAGACUUUGUAGCUUUGAGGAUGGCGAUCUUUUCACCGCUGAGUCUGAGGCCGAGCUUCAGGCUAUAGUUCAUCUACUUGCAAAAACGCAGCUAACGCCCUGGAUUGGGUAUCAUGACACCAAUACGGAAGGAAUAUAUCAGGGAAUUGAUGGGAAGACGACGGUACCGAAUAGCCCACUAACGGUCCGAAAGAAUGAACCGGAAAAGGACUGCGUGGUUUUGGAUAGUGGUGGUGGCGAGGAGACGGAAAAGGUCUACUACUUGGCGGGUGACUGCAGGGAAAAACAUCCGGUGCUCUGCAAACGGCCGACUUCCGGAAAUCACCCUGCUCACCCCCCUCUCCGGGAUGGCAUCCGGAAGGGCUACAACUCCAACGGGACCCGCCUCACGGUAUGGGCCAUUUUCAUCGUGCUGGCCAUAUUGCUACUGGUGAUACUGUACUUUGUAUUUAGACAGUGCAAAAAGAUAUAUGGCGGUCGCAACCACGUCGGGCCGAUCGAGUCGACGGACACGAAGACGAUAGCCGCUAACAACAACUAUGGCGGCCAAAGCGCUCAACCCUUCGACCCGAACCGGAUCAAAACACCGCACCCAGGGGCUGCAGGAUCUGCUGCACCUUCACCUGGACCCCCGAAAGUUGAACCGGAAAUCAUAAUCCACGAGAAGAACUACUUGCCUCCAGUGGAAAAGGCAGAACUGGUAACGAGUGAAACGGAAAAGGCCAGAUUAGCAACGUCGCCUUGGCCAUCGGAUGAGAAGAAGGUGGCCAUCGAGGAAAGAGAGCCACUUCCCCAUAUUGAUCGACUAUCCACACAUGUGAAGCACGAGGUGGUUAAAGAAGUAGAGACGGCCCAAGAAGAAGCCGCCCGAAUCGAAGCCAGAAGAGAGCUGCCACCGCUUCCGAUCCGUGAAACGACCUAUUUGAGUAUGAAGGAGCCGGAGCGCUCGUUUUUGAGGACGCAUAGGGACGGCGGCCUAUUCGAUCGUCCAAAAAUGACGGUGCUCGACAACGUCUCGGCGAUCUCGCUCGACGAGUUUUGGAACAACUCGAAA